CCCACUUCCUGUUCUUUCUUUUGGCUUCUGACCGCAUUUUGUUUCUGCUCUUUUUCUCUUUUCUGCAUUUUCUGCUAUCCGUUUCUCAUCUCAUCACGCGCCGUCCAUGGCCCAGGUCCAGGAAGUAGACGUUCUGAUCUGCGGGAGCGGUUCCGCGGGGCUCUGCGCUGCGACAUGGCUCGCCCGCUGCGGUGUCCGCUGCCGAGUAUUGGAAGCUCGCGGGGGGCCUCUCGAAGUCGGGCAGGCGGACGGGGUGCAGUGCCGCACGGUCGAGAUCAUGGAGAGCUUCGGGAUCGUGGACGGGCUGCUGCGGGAGGCGUACCACGUCCUGGAGACGGUGUUCUGGUCGGCGGCGGGCGCUGAUGGGAAGCUGGUGCGGACGCGGCGCACAGCGGACACGGCGCCGGGCUUGUCGCAUCAGCCGCAUGUCAUCCUGAACCAGGCGCGUAUGCACAGCUUCCUGGUUGAUGCGAUGCGGCGGUUCAAUGGGCAGGAGAUCGACUAUGGAUAUCGCGUCAAGAGCGUCAGCGUGGACAAGAGCCUGGUGGAUGACCCGGCGGCGCAUCCUGUGACGGUGGUUGCGGAGCACGAGGGGAGGGAAGAGGUCUUCAAAGCUAAAUAUGCGCUGGGCUGUGACGGCGCGCAUAGCACGGUGCGCAAAUCCCUGGGCUUCAAGAUGGUCGGGGACAGCACCGAUUCCAUCUGGGGCGUGAUGGAUAUCUACCCACGCACCGAUUUUCCGGAUAUCAGGAAGAAGGCAGCGCUGCAGUCGAAAUCGGGCAGUCUCCUGAUCAUCCCGCGCGAAGGGGGCUCGCUCGUUCGUUUGUAUAUUGAGUUGCCGCAUGAGAGUAAAGACGUCAAGCUCGAGGAUUUGCACGCUGCUGCUCAGCGCAUCUUCUUCCCCUACAAGCUAGAGAUCGCAGAUACCUUUUGGUGGUCGGCAUAUUCAAUAGGCCAGCGUCUUGCGGAUCACUUUUCUGAAAGUAACCGUGUCUUUCUUACCGGAGAUGCGUGUCACACACACUCCCCCAAAGCUGGCCAAGGGAUGAACACCAGCCUCCAAGAUGGCUACAACAUCGGCUGGAAACUGGCCAUGGUCCUCAAAAACCAAGCCAGCCCCUCCCUCCUGAAAACUUACAACCUCGAGCGAGAAAAAGUCGCCGCCGAUCUCAUUUCCUUCGACCGCGACUUCGCCAAGCUCUUCUCCUCCUCCAAAGCCGGCAGCGAGCUCAACGCCGUCUCGCAAGCUUUCAGCGAGGCGUUUAUCAAAUCCGCCCAGUACAUGGCCGGGCUCACGGCACGCUACGCCGAAUCGCCCAUCACGAAUUACAAGGGCGCUCAGGACGCGGCGGUGGCGAUUGAGGUCGGGAAACGCUUCCCUACGGCCCAGGUCGUGCGUUUUGCAGACGCGAAAGCUAUCCAGCUCGUCACUGCUCUCCCUGCCGAUGGCCGCUGGCGCAUCGUUGCCUUUCUAGGUGAUAUCCGGGAGCCUGCCGCUGCGGAUAGGAUGAAGAAGCUCGGCGACUUUCUCUCCUCAGAAUCCGGCCCUAUACGCAAACACACCUCUGCCUCCGCAGACAUAGAUUCUUUUAUCGAAACAUUAAUCGUUCUGCACGGCCCCCGGAUCUCUAUCGAACAGGAGCAAAUCCCCGAUUAUUUCUGGCCCGUGACUGGAAAAUGGCGCAUGCGAGAUCUCCAUAAAAUCUUCUUCGACGACCAGAGUUAUAAUUCCGGGCACGGACACGCGUAUCAAACGUAUGGCGUGGAUCCGAAGCGGGGAUGUCUCGCCAUCGUGAGACCUGAUCAAUACGUUUCGAUGGUGACGGAUGUUGAGGAUUGGGAGGGCGUGCAGGGGUUUUUUGAUGGCUGCGCAACAAAAGCGGCUGCUGUAAUAUGAGAUGGAUGGAUGGAUGUAUGGCCUUUGAUAGGUACCUAGGGAAGCGUGGAAGGAUUGUAGGGUUCAAAAUCUUGGUCUUCACAUAUCCCAGAAUACCUACCUCUACCUACUCUUAUCAUUCCAAGGACCAAAAAUGCUUUCUACC